CUCCUCCUCCGCCUGGAUGUAAACAGCGGGACCGGGCGCUUUUGUUAUCCGCUCUCAGACCCGCGACCCCCGGCUCGCCAUGCCAUGGAUAUCCUGUGGCAGUACCAGUUCAGGAUCAUCUUACUGGGAGACUCGACCGUGGGGAAAUCCUCGCUGCUGAAGCGCUUCACGGACGGCGUGUACAGCGAUGUGGCGGACCCCACGGUCGGCGUGGAUUUCUACGCCCGGUCUCUGGACAUCGAGCCCGGGGUGAAGAUUAAGCUGCAGCUGUGGGACACGGCCGGGCAGGAGCGCUUCAGAUCCAUCACGACUUCUUAUUAUCGCAACUCCGUAGGCGGGCUCCUGGUCUUUGACCUGACCAAUCGUAAAACCUUUGACCACGUGCGCGAGUGGCACCGUGAGGUCAGUGAGCACAUCCUGCCUCAUCACAUGGUCUACAUCCUGGUGGGCCACAAGAGCGACCUGAACCGCGAGCGCAAGGUAUCGCGGGACGAGGCGGAGCAGUUGGCGGCCGAGCUGGGCGUGCGCUACGUAGAGACGUCGGCAAAGUGCAACAGCAACGUGGAGCGUGCAUUCGAGCUGCUCACACGCGACAUCUAUGAGCUGAUGAAGAUGGGCGAGAUUGCCACACGCGACGGCUGGGACGGCGUCAAGAGCGGCCUGACUGCCAAAGUCCUGUACCCGGCCGAGGAGGAGGCCGAGAGGGAGAAGAGCUGUAACUGCUGACUGGAAUCAUCUGCACUUCAUUUUUACCUGUGUGUGUGUGUGUUGGUCGUCCUUCACUCUUGGGUGUCAUUUUCACGCUUUCACAUCCUUCCCCACGGCUGCAGGGUAAGAAGAACCCUGUAAUCUCGCGCCGCUCGCCCCCUGCACUGGUCUAUAGUGGGAAAUGCAGGUUAAAUGAAUCUGAGCUCAGAUGGACAGAGCACAGCUCUGAGCAAGAGCUUAGAUCCAAGAGGAUUCUCGAGUUUCAGGAGUGUUUCUCAUCAUAAAGACCUGACUUUUUUUGUUUAAAUGGGGUUUCCUGUGUUCUCUUCCAGGUGUAAGUCUCUGCUUCCUUAUGCAGUGAAAUGAUGAGUUCAUAAGAAGUUUACAGGCUUUGGCACACUGACUUAACAUCUAGAAAUGAAUUCCUGAAGAGUCAGUUAAAGGGUAAUUGGGUAAUUUGGGGAAGAAACAAUAUUCAGCGGACAUUUAAUGUUUGAACUCACCAGCGAAACAAAGUUAUCACUUUUAUGAUGCCGAGGCUGACCAAAAUUAGUAUAGUAGACUAAACACAGAAUGCACUCAAAGUUUGUGUAGCUAGGUUGUGGGUUAGUACUGUUAACUGGUGCUGCAAUUGCUGCUAGCCAGUUAUUAUCAGCUAUCAGAAACAUUACUGCUCUACCUACCAGUGUGAACGCUGGGACACAGCAGAUAGUCUUUUCAUACUCGUAUUAGACACCAGUAGCUGGUGUAGUUAAGGAUAUUGUGUGUUUUGUAGUAACAUAUUGUCAUCAUAGUUUUUUUUUGUACAUUCUAAACUAUGUAUUUCUAUAGUAAGAAGUAGGGCUGCAUAAUACUGACAGUGAUCCUACGGUACCUUUGGCCCGGUGGAAGUUUUGGACACAUUCGAUUACCCUGUUCUAUAGCCUCCCAACAAGCACAUACUGCUGAGUCUGUGUGCCAUGGCCUGUACUGUUCCUCUGUUAUAAGCUGACAAUUUAUUUCUCCUUUCUGACCUGCUUUUAUCUUGGCUUCAUUUUCAUUUGGUGCGAACAGGUUUGUUGUACACCCUGCAAAAAAUAAUAUCUAAAACAUUUUAACUGUCGUCAGUAAAUCUGCACUUUUAACAAGGAGUUCUCUCAAUGGUAUGAAAGAAGGUUUUUUUUAAAUCAUAGCAGUGGAACUCUUUGAUCUCUCAUUUUAACGUUAUCAUAAGAUUGAUCAAUUUUAGGCAUUUUUACUUAUUUUUAGUAAUUGAUUCAAGCAAAAGUAAAAUUAUCUAAUCACAUUGACAGAUAAUUUGGUUUAUUGCAGUUUUUCUUUAAUAAGAUUUGAAAGAGAUUACAUAAUGUACAGCACAGUUAAAAUGUGCCAUGAUGGUCAGCAGUGGGGAAACCAGGCUUCUUUUUGUUUGACUGACUGGCACUCCACUGUGUAUUAUUGUAAAAUGUUCACUGUACACAGAAAUGUCUUGUAAUCAUGUCUAAAGUCAAGAGAUGCACACUCAUUCUCUCUCUCUAUCUCUCUCUCUCUCUCUCUCUCUCUCUCUCUCUCUUUCUCUCUCUCUCUCUCUCUCUCUCUCUAUCUAUCUCUCUAUCUCUCUCUCUCUCUAUCUAUCUCUCUAUCUCUCUCUCUAUCUCUUUCUCUCUCUCUCUCUCUCUCUAUCUAUCUCUCUAUCUCUUUCUCUCUCUCUCUAUCUCUUUCUCUCUCUCUCUCUCUCUCUCUCUCUCUGUUUCUAUGGAUGCUAACAAUGUCUGACCAAAUUCUAAGCUGUAAACUUUGCUGUAAACUUUGAGUUCUGUAUCUAUGACCUUGUAAAUACUCUGAUAUAUAUUAAUCAUGAGGAUGAAAUACUCUUGUGUCCGAAUGCUGCUGCAUUUAGCAAACAACCUGUUUUCUAUAGUGACAUUCAGGAUACUAGAAAGAUGUUCAUCUGAAGUCCAGCUUCAUUUUUUUUUCUGUGGUCGGCAUGUAAACUCUGCAGCCCCACAAAGCUGUGUAACUCCAGUUACCAUCAGUAUGAGAGCAGUUAGAGCAGUUAGUAAAAAAAGUAAACAUUGAGCUAUAAGGGGCCGAUACUGAAAUCUGAAACGUAUUUCUUUUUUAAUACAACUAUUGCAGUUUAAAAUAAACAACUUCAUUUAAAGAUAAAAUAAUAAUAAAAAAAUAUAUAUAUAAUUUACUCUAGUCACAAUUAAUCAGCUGAAACAUCCUGUACCAGAAGUUUGCUACUUCAGUUUAAAAUUCAAUAUGCAAAAAUAAAAACAAAUAAAUAAUAAAAUACAAAUAUCAAAGUAUUUUUUUUACUAGUUAGGCAAAGCAUUUCUAAUCUCUCUAACUGCAAACGCCUGAUUCAGACCUACAGUAAAAUUAGAGAUUACAGCUCAUACAGUGAGUUUAAUCUGUUCUGUUCUCAAAAACACAUAAUUGUUGGCGACUGCUUUCAGAGCUGAUUGGCUGGAUUUAUUUCCAAUCUCAGAACAGCACAGCAGAGGUCAGUAAAAAUUAUUUUGAGACAUGUACGUAUUUGGCAUCCCUGUCGUGCAGCUGGAUAGAUAGAACAUUAAAUUCUUCUGAUCUGGUCAAUUGCACAUCGUGCAGCUGAAUUUAGGGUCUUUGGUAUCGUGAGGGCGCAAAAAAUACACCUUGCGCAGCUCGAAACGUACAAAAGUCGUGUUCUAAUUCUCAAAAGUAAUUAUGUGUGUUUUGGACAUAAAAUGAAAUAAACCAAUCAAUGUAUCACUUGC